AUGUCAGGCCAUGUUACACUACGCUCACACAAAGGGCCUUUGACUCGAUACUGCAAUAUCUUGACGCGGCUUCUUGACAAGCAAUCUUCAACGCAGCCAGAUGCCUUGAAUAACUUCACGACCGCACUAGAUGAUCUUCAAGAACCACUUACGGAAGAAAACGAUAAGCAAGUGACGCAGUAUUUAGACAAAGCUCACGUGGUGUUAGUGCGAGCGCAAGAACGAAUAAUCCACAUAGAGGGACAACUAUUAAGAUCCGGGAAAAUAUGGGAAUUUUCGAAUUUCUGGACACUGUUCGACGCUAAUGUACACCAGCAACCUUUGACGAGACUUCAGAAAUUCAACUAUCUCGUCAACGCCCUGAGAGGAGAAGCCAGGGAACUAAUACGCCGUUAUCCCAUCAUUGAUUCAAAUUACGAUCAGGCAGUUGACCUCUUACACUCCAAAUACGGCAAUGAGUCAGCUCUCAUCGGGAAUCUACAAUUGCGUUUGGAAACGGCAAAAGCCGAAUCAGGGAGAAUCAAAGCACAGAGACGCCUUCUGGAAACGAUCACUCCGAUCGUUACGCAACUGCAAGAACAAAGGGUCAACCUCGACGGAUCCUACUUCUCGCAGAAAACUCUUGCCAAGUUCUCGACCACUCUGCAGCGUCAAGCAUUACAAGAGUACGUCUCGCAGAAUACGCAAGAAAGCGAUUGGAAGAUGAGUCGCACGCUGUCAAUCCUUGACAAUCUUAUUUCCACCGAAGAAAAAAUCAAUGAAAUGGUGAAUAGAAAUGAUCGAGUGGGUACAACAUCCACUUAUCAAUCGGAGAAAUCUAUGAGGAUUCCUUCUCAAAACGUGGAACGGUCAAGAGGUAUCCGUAUGAUGUGCCGCCGCGUAUCCAGGAGGCUAAUGAGCGUCGUUAAUUGCACCGCGCGUCUCCUGAUACCGUCAUAA